GAGAUAUUCUUAUUUCCAUUUAAGAGCCAAAAAUCCUACCAGUACCUUCACUGAACGGAAAUGUCAUAGUUGAAGGGUCAACCACGUGUGUACUGUUGACAUGAAGAAGGCGCGCUAAAAUUGUUUAAAGACAUGAGGAGUAAAGGAUCAAGACUAAAAAACUUCCUGCAGUCACAGAAAAUUGAGCCUGUUGUGAGAGAAAGAGGGACAAAAUAUGAUGCAUUAAGCACCAGUCCACAAAAAUUAACAGGUUAUAGGAAAAAGUUGAAGAAAAAUGAUGGACCUGGAAAUACUAUGGGGAGCAGGAGCGGUCAUCAGGAAAAGAAGAAACUCUCCAUACUAAAGCAGGGAACGCCCUCACCAGAUCCAUUGCCAAAUGUGUGGAAUACCUUAAAUAUGGAAGACAAGAGGAAAGUUCAUUUUUCCAAAAUGGUCCCAGAGGCAGAACAGAAGACAGGUACCAAAGCCAAGCAUGAUGGGUUGUCUCCCUCACCUGAGCUAAAGAGUGUUGAAAGACAGAAGAAGAAAAAACAUAUCAAUCCAAGUUUGUCAAAAUCACCUUCACCAGAGAAAAUGGGAGUCCGUAAAAGGCAAGGAGGGGUAACGCCUGACCACGAGAGGAAGGAUACACUGUCCCCUGUCAAAAUAAAGAUCAUUGAAAAGGUUUCCAGUGAAAAGCGUGUGAAGAGAGCCCCCACAAUGAUCACACUUGAACAGCUAUUGCAGGGCAUUGUUGCAGACCGCAGAUUUGGAUCAGAGACAAGCCUCUGUCGCCGUGAUGAUCUGAGUGACAGAGCAGGGUCUGAUUCACGUCUUUUCAGUACAUCUCCAGAUGUAUGUCAAAUCAUGGAGGACAUUGAUGCUGGAAAACAUUCACGUCUCCGUAAGGAAAUAAAGGAAGAACUUAAUUCUAUCAAAGAUAGAGUAAAAGAGGCAUUGUAUGUUGUUGAUAUGUAUGAUGAAGAUGAAGAUUUAGAUGUGGUCACUAAAUUUCCACCAAUCAACAGUCUAGAAAUCAUGAAGAAGAGAAGAGAGAAGAUGAAGAAAGAGAAAGCUGUGCUGCAGAGAGUGUACAGCUAUCAGGGAACGUGUGAGGAGAGGUAUGCCCUCCUGGCAGAAGUGGAGCACUGGAUGUCCUCUACCGAUCUGGUCAGUGAUCUUCCAGCAGAGGCAGAUCUUAACCAAAUGAGCAGACAUUUCCUGGAAAUUCACAGUCAUGUCAUGACAGCUCUUCAUAGAUAUGGCAGUCUGAGUGAAAAAGUAUUGGAUUUUGGGAACUGUCUCUUAGCAACAACACAUGCCAUAAUGGUAGAAAGAAAACAGCAGGCUAAAGAAAUAGAGGAAAAAGAGCAGGACAAAACAGUUGUCAUUGAUGAGCGCCUGCUGUUAGCAGAUCAGAACAAGUGGGAGAAAGCAAUCAAAAUGAUCAUAAAUACUUUUGAUGAUGCUGCUAAGUGGACAAAGAAUGCAAGUCACAAGAAUGUGAUCAAGAAAGGCAUGUCACAGUUUAAAGAACUGUCAUCAGGAAUGAAGAAACGGAACACAGAGUUGAAAGAAAAACGGAAAGCUGUCGAUGAAGCAAAAUCGAAACUCCAAACUGCUAAGGCUGAUGUGGAGGGCAAAACAAAAGAACUAGAAGAUCUAAGGAAGAAUGUCAGAAAUCUGACAACUGAGGUUGAAGAAAAGAAACAUAUGCUGUCAAAAUCAGAAGAGAACAGCGCCAUGAUCACACAAAAGUGUCACAAGCUGGAUGCUCAGAUCAAGGAGCUACAGAAGGAAGUAGCAAAGGGACCCAAAGUAGUGGAGAAGGUUAGACCUGCCACCCCUCCUCCACCUCCCUCACCCCCACCCCCAGAAAUAAUUAAGGUGAUAGAUUCAGCAACCCAGUUGAAGUUGAGUGAGGCAGAGAAAGAAAUAGAAGAGCAAAAGACCAAACUCCAAAAGGCAAAGGAUGAAAUCAGAAGCGUUGAAAGACUCCUGAGGAAAGAGAAAGAGAGAGUUCGGCAGUUGAAGCUGGAGUUAGAGGAAGCCAUAAGUCGAGCCGAGGAGGCAGAAUUAACAGUGGCAGUUGAACAGCCUCAACAAGAUCCUGCCCCUGAGGUCCAGAUUGUGGAGACCGGUGAUAAAGACAGCACAUACUACAAAACUCUCCUGGCAGGGAUGAAGAAGGACUUCAAUGCAGAACUAGAGAAGAUCAAAAGUCAUCUAACCAAAGAGAGGCUCAGGAAUGCAGCAAUGGUGAAGAGGGUGGAAGACAAUCACAAGGAACAGCUGAAUGUCAUCCAAAAAAAUGUGGUCAGGGUGCUUCGUGCCAUCAUGCACUUCCGUGACCAUGUCUGUACAAUUGUAGAGAAAGAGAGCCUGAAAGACGCCUCCCGAUCCCUGCAGGGCCUCGGGUCACUCAUCCCCGAUAAACUAGUCCCAGAUCCAAAAGAGUUACUGGCUUUACUUGUUGGGAGUGUUGUGGAAUUCAUGCACAACAUGGAGGUUGUGAUGGCCAAUGCUUUCCUGACAAUGAGAAUGAUGAUCAAAGGUUCUAUUACUAUGACCACCACAAAGGAGUUCAUAGCUGGAAAGCAGACAGAAAACAGAAUAAGGAUGGAAGAAGUCAAGAAAAAUAUGAAACAAAUAGAUGUUUCCAAAGAAGAAUCUAAAAAACUUGCACUGAGGCUUAAGAUGGCUAAAGAAAAGCUGAUCAAGUUUGAAGAACUUACAGAGAGGCAGGAAGUUCACGAUAGAAAAUAUCUGGCUUUACUGGAUCGAUAUAGAAGAGUAUGGAAGAUGUAUAACAACUUGAAUAAGGACAUGACCAUACUGCAAGGUGAUUUACAAAAUGCCAUUGAUGAAAAAGUCAAGGAAAAUGAAGGUCUUUUGAUAUCACAAAUGAAAAUGGAGCUUAAAAAUAGACCAAAUGUUCAUGAUAAAGAGCUAGAGAUGAGUAUUACGGACCAAAAGAAAAACAUCAGAAUGUUAGAGCAGGCAUAUGAAAAGAACAAAAUAUCAAAAGACAUGUACUUUUUAAUCCGAGGCCUGUUGGAGAAAUCACUAGAAAUCCCCAAAAUAAGGCUUCGCUAUAUGAUGGAGCAGUAUGUUGCUUUUAAAUCCAUAAAAGAAACUCGAGCUAGAGUGCUUGAGAUCCUUAGAGGGGAGGAUCUUAGCAAACACAUCAGGAGAGACAUGGAAAAGUAUGUGAAGCAGAUAGAUGAAAAGCUGACCAAGAGUAUGAACAUCUGGCACUCCAAGAUCAACCUUCUGAACCAAGAGAAAAAGAAUCUCUUCAAAAUGCUCUGGAAAAUGUUUGGAGAAGUUUUUGUAGAGUCGGGUUUGCUUCUAGUUCACCCACUGCUGAAUACCAUCGCACACGACAAAUCUGAGGUUUAUGGCAAGCUUGCAGCCACUGCUAAAAGGGAGUCUCUCAGGACCAUGUGUGCCCGUGGUCACAAGCGAGUCCAUGAGUUCCUCCACCUCCCCACCUUUGUUGAGGGCUGUAGUGUGUUGUCCACCAUGACAGAUGAACAGUCACUGUGGAAUGCCCAGUUUUCUUGUGGAGAUGAUGCCAUAGGUGCUCCAAUACCAGUCUCACCACAUUUACUGAACUAUGAUGUUAACAGAGAGAGACUUAAUGCCAGAAGAAGUCUUGAAUCUCAGUCCAGCAUUGGAAAUCAUGGAAGACCCAUCCUCCACCUUCCAGUGUCACGGAAUUAUUACAUAACGCCGAAACUGGAGUGUCUUUCUGCGAAGUAACUGAUCAGUGAAGUUAACUACAAAUAACAUGUUUUGUUAUCGUUUUGCAAUUUUGUAUAUGCUAUAUAAAAAUAUCAAUUAAAUUGAAAUUGUUAAAAAUAUGUUAUUAAACAAUCAAUAAUAUUGUACAUAUACAUGUAUUUAUAAGUGUUGAUGCCUUACAACAUUUUUCAGUUAUUGGUUUGUAACAUUUUAAAAUAUGUAGUGUCGUAUUAUUUACUGUUAUCAUACUGAAAGUAGUUCUAAAUUCCCAUAAUUAUAUGAAACAGUAAAUAUAUAGUUUCAUUUUACAAUUAUCUUUCUGUCAUAGUAAUAGUUUGUUUUUAAGUACAUGUAUUUAUUCUGUUAUGCUAGUCAAGUUUUCAUUUUACUGUAAUCAUUCUGCCAUAAUGUAAAUUCAUUUGAUUAACAAGCAUAAUAUGGCCACACAUGAUGUUCGUUUGAAGAGUUAGUCAGUAGUUCUGUUUUCUAACCCUCUAGUCAGUCAUUUAUUUUUAAAAACUAAAUACAAUUAUUAUUUCUCUAAUAUACUUAAUUAUUAUAUAUUUGAUGGUAACCAUCCUGUCUUACUGUUUGAUGUUGAUUUUAUUUGCCUAGCUUUUUGUCAAUACAUUGUGUUUUCUUUACAACAGUUGCUUUUAUACAUGUAUUUGGUUUAUUUCUAAUAUUGCAUCCAUUACAGAAUUAUUUUUACAUUGUGUUAUGGUUUGCAAAAUGAGAAUAAUUAAAUUGUGAAAAUUUCAGUUGCAACUUCUGAUUGAAAUUAAAAUUAUUGUUUUGAUAUUAAGAGUUCAAGAGGUUAAGGACAUAUUAAUUUCAAACAUUACUUUUAGGAGACUGAUCGUAAUCAUAAUU